AUGGGGGGAAUUGAAAGGUCGGCACAAGAUUCAAUCAGAUUUGACCGCCGCCAGCUGCUAACUGCUGCCUCGUUACCAGCCACCCACCGACCAACGAGGCAGACAGAGAGACAGGCAGAUUCUGCGUGUGUUCCCUCGGGAAGACCCUGGUUAGCUGUGGAGAUGGGCCACCUCGGGCUGCAGCAGCCAGUUAUUUACGAGAGGGAUUGA